AUUCAAUAGUCAUUAAAAAAUAACUGUGUCUAUAUAAGUAUACAUUCAUUUUAAAUUCAUGGUUCCACUUGUUGGAAGGCAUACCUGCUUAAGGGAGAAAGCAACUCAUUUGACAAGUUAUAAAUCAAGACAGUAAAAUAUGUAUUUUCUAGGAAAUUCUCACAUACAGCAUCUUAAUAAUUUAUUUAAAAUGAGACAUCUAAACCCCUUUGAUCUUGUGGAGGUGAGAGUAACACCUUAGACAAUAUAUUAAACUUUAUCACUCAUACUUCAGAAAAAUGGUGUCAGUGGGAAACAUGCCAUGGGAAUCCCUUCUACAGACUAUGCUCAUGUCUGCUACAAAGAAAGUCUGGCAUUCCAGCCAAGAUCUCAGAAACAUCUCGGAAUGCUUUUUCAUUAGUGUCUAUUCAGUGUUUAAAGUAAAGAGUUUCCAGACUUAGAAAGACAAACAUUGCAUGUUCUCUCUCAUAGUGGGACCUAGCACCAAAUCUUGAGAUUUGUGUACUUGGAGAGUCUGUAGAAUUUAGGGGUGUCUCAGAGACCAGCAAAGAACAAGGGAUAUUGUCAUUUGCUCCAGGUUGCCCACCAGAACUUGAUGAUAAGGUUCUAUUGCAGAAGACAGGAGAUGGAGAAAUCAAGCUAGCAUUGAUUAGGGAGUUUCCUCUCUGCUUUCUACCUUUCAUAGUACCACAAGGAGCUAUGCAGGCUUCUGAGUGUAUGUGUGGCUCAUCAACAGUCUUAACCAGCUGUGAACCCAAUGAAUCUGAGUAAUGACAAUGUGGCAAGAUAUGCCAUGGGCACAACAGUGGCAUGAAUGUUAAAGGGGCAAUCAGCUGCUUCCCGACUGGGUUUAAGGUCUUUGAGGAGGAAACUCAUGCCUGCUACUAUAUAUCUGGCCCAGAAUCCAUGGUUGGGGAAUUGUUCAUGUCCAGAGGACACUCUCUACAAUUUUGCUAAAUGGAACUAGUAUCAAACUGUCCUCUAACUUUGUAUCUCUAUACCUAUAGGUUGGUGCAGCUCUUAGAUCUCAUGAGGGAAGUUGUUUUGUGCCGUGGAGGGCAGUUAAGGUAAAUACAUGACCUGUCAAAGUGCAGUGGAGUGCUCAGCCAGCCACAAAUGGACAAUCAUAUCACACUCCUUCUCCCUAAGUUUCAGGGACCAUCAUGGAGAGGUGGCAGAAAAGGGGCCAAAGCCUGUAAGAUCCAGAGGUUGGGGAGGAUGGGAGCGAAGCAUUCUUUUCUGUACAUAAUCCGAUGUUCUGAGGUGCACCUCAGAUUCCCGGGGGACUUGCUUGCUACUCGUCUCUCAGGACAUUUCUUCUUGCUUCCUGUGCUGACUCAUCUGAAAUCCAAGUUCUAUCUGCAGGGUUGGAUUUUUUUUUUUUUUAUUGAGCAAUUAUGAUACAAUUUUUUAAGAUGCUUAACCUCUGUGACAGAGGUCCCUACAUUUACGGAUUGACUGGGUACCAAUUGCUCCCUGCUAGGUCCUGUUGGGUUUGAAGACACUCAAUUGCUAUUCAGGUUUUAUUUAAGGAGGCUAAGAAAGUUGGAGGUAGGAGCGAGUCUGCUUUCAACAGUAAGCUCUUAGUAAUGUAAGCUCUUAGUAAUGCCACAGAGCAACACAGAAACACUUUCUGCACCCUUGCCUUAUCCCCUCCUCCCCCACCUCCCACUCCCCACUGACCAGGUUCCAAUAAUCCCAAGGUCAGAUGGAGCAGGAUAGUGGAGGAUGCGAGGGAUGGGCGCUGAUUCAGAAUCCUAUGGGGGGCACAGGGUAGAGCAGUAAAGGCACCCUAGAUCAGAAGUAGAUUACAGUUUGGGAAAUCUGCCUAAGCAGGACCCAACCAACAGGAGCCCUCCACUCCCUCGAUCCCUCACUUCCCUGCUCUGGUGUGCUCCAAAGGGCUGGAAGCCUAGGGGCGGCCGACGCGUUGUCGCCAUAGCCUUCCGCCUUCCCACUCUCUCCGGGCGCACGUGCUCAAAGAGUCCCUGCCCCUCCCGCCUCCGCGCGCGCGGGGCCGCAAGUUUCCUACGAGAGGCGGGCGAGCACCGCAUCUUCUCUCCGCCGCCUCCCUGGCCCCCGCCGCUGCCGCUGCAGUCUCCGCCCGCGGGGAGGGCGCGCUCUGGAGCCGGCGAGGGUGGGGCGCCGCGAGGGAGGGGUCCCAGCGCCGCAUUCCUCGCGGCGCCCGCGGCAGCAGCAGAAGCAGCAGCAGCAGCAGGUGGAGCCCCAUUCAGCUGCGAGCCGCUCUUGGCCGGAAACCCGCGCCGCAGCCGCCUGGCCGGGAGCUGGCCCUCCAGGCUGGAGCCCACGCCGCCCCGGCCCGACCCAGUUUCCCAGGCACCGGGUUACCGAAGCCGGCGGCCGGGGGACGCGGUUGGGUCCGGGGCCGGAUGCAUCUCAGUGCGCAUAGCUGCGCUGGGAGACCCCAGCCCGGGGCGCAGGGCUAACGGGACCUGGCCCACCUCAAGACUUGUGCUCUGGGGACAGAGCGGCUUUGGGAUUCGGAGUCCAGGCACCUGGCCGGAGGCUGUUGAAGUCUGGGUGUCGUGCUCACCCCACCUCUUUGCUUGGGCACCAACAGAGAGAGCUCUUUCCAGAGGACCGGACCUCCUCGCCUGGUCCAGAGUGGAGUCCUCGCACCCGGUGCCUGUUAGUUUCGAGAACCUUUCUAGUUGACACUGGUCUGCAGGUGUUCUCUGCUGGUUAGGUUUCUUCUUCGGCUAGGGGGACUGUUGCUACCAGAGGCAUUCUGUGCCUGUGGGCGCUCCAAGUCCCGGGUCUCCAGUCCUGCCAGAAUCGUCCGGGCUUCGCUGACCCUCAACUCUGUCUCUGCUUGUCGUGGGUGCUUCUAGUCGUUUGGGUUUUUACCCGGAGUGUGUAGACUAGACAUCUUUCUGACUGCUAAUUGGGAAGGCACUGGUCUCCAGGGAGCGGCUUUGUGUGUGGUGGGAUCCGGGGUCCUCAGCCAUGGCCUUCACUUUCGCUGCUUUCUGCUACAUGCUGUCCCUGGUGCUCUGCGCUGCGCUCAUCUUUUUCGCUAUCUGGCACAUAAUCGCCUUUGACGAGCUAAGAACGGAUUUCAAGAGUCCCAUAGACCAGUGCAACCCGGUUCAUGCGAGAGAACGGCUGAGGAACAUCGAACGCAUCUGCUUCCUUCUGAGAAAGGUCAGAGGGGUCCCCCCAGGUGGACGGAGGAAGGGUCGCAGAGAAAGGGGUCAGCAGGUGAACGGCAGCAGGGAGGGCAAGCUGGUGCUGCCCGAGUACUCUAUCCACAGCCUCUUCUGCAUCAUGUUCCUGUGCGCUCAGGAGUGGCUCACCCUGGGACUCAAUGUUCCUCUGCUUUUCUAUCACUUCUGGAGGUAUUUCCACUGUCCAGCAGAUAGCUCAGAGCUAGCCUACGACCCACCAGUUGUCAUGAAUGCGGACACCUUGAGCUACUGCCAGAAGGAGGCCUGGUGUAAGCUGGCCUUCUACCUCCUCUCCUUCUUCUACUACCUGUACUGCAUGAUUUACACCUUAGUGAGCUCCUAACUCAGACCCUGCUGAUGGAGAGGCCGAAGCUGGGAACCACUGCGGCUGUGGCUAGAGGAGCACCAGAUGGGGAUGACGGAGAGACCCAGAUGGCAGAGACCGAAUGAAAGGAACGGGAGUCAUACAGCAGUCAGAGCCAUGUUACCCACGUGUGUCUGUUUCUGCCUUCGCAUUUCACAUCCCACAUGGGUUGCAGGGCCCCUCUGAGCAUGGGCGUGCCAGCUUGUAGCUGAUGAAACACUCAACCUCUGGAGAUGCCAUUAUUACUUCCUUCAUCCACUUCACUGAGCAGCAGAACUGUGCGAGUUUCACAUGGAGAGCUCGUCUGGAUGGUAGAAAUGAGGCCAGAUGCUGGCAGGUGUCGAACAAGGGACAGAAUGGCUCAGGGCCAAGGCCAGAUCUUCAGGGAUGGCUGAGACCCACAGGGACACCAUGGGCUGCCCAAGACUCUUGUCAUUUUUUUUCCAGAGCUGUGGUCACAUGCUUUGCUCAGUGCAAGGCAGAAAGCUGUGGGGACUGCCCUGAGCCACCUCUCACGUCACUUUUACGCUCUGUGUCCAGGAGCCUGGGCUGUGGCUUCCUGAGCUGGGUGUGGCAGCAAGCCCUGUCCAGUGUGAACUGGGGAGGGGGAGAAAAUGGAUUUCUAAAAAUGUCUGCAACAUGUCCCAGGUGUGAGUUCUUCACCCUCCCAAGAUGUAUUCUGCCACUGUGCCAAAAAUUCAUCAGAGUCAUUACAUGCCAAUCAGCUGGCUGGCAUGAGCCAAAGCAAAAAACAAAACAAAACACCAAACCAAACCAAACCCCUCAAAAUAGUGCGAAGCCCAGAAACAGAGAGCUGCUCUGUGUGUGGGUAUGGACAGCCAGGAAGUGAGACAACACAAUUAUCACAUCCAUUGAUGCUUCACGGCCUUUGUGCUCCUCAGUUCAAUGUGGGGACAUCGCUUAUUUAGAAAUUUCCACUUGACUUUUGCUCCUUUUUUGGGUGGGAGUUGCAGGACAGGUGUAAAUACUGACAAGGCUGAGUUUUUAUGAUGCUUAAACUGGGCACAAUGAUUUUAACCUGAUUCCCCAAACUGCCUUGCUUUCUACCAUUACACACACAUACACACACACACACACACACACACACACACACACUAUUUAUAUAUGUACUGGUUCCCAUCUGAAUUCUGUGACUCAGUUUUUUGAAUGGUGUUUGUGUAACACAUUGUGUGCUAUGUUUAAGAUGCAGCAACAACUUGA